AACAUAGGAAGUGUCUGUUUGUUAUUGGCAAUUUGGAGAGUGAAGCUCAAACAAAAACAACAAUGGCAACCUCAACCUUAACCUCAAAGGUGUUGUCUAGGUUGUCGUGUCGGUUACAGAUUCUCUCUCAAACGAAGCUUGCCAAGCCUUCUUCACUCUCCCUCUCUGCACCACGCCUUUCUCGCACUUCGAGGUUGCCGGUGGAGUUGGGUAGCAUAGGAUCGAUGUUACCCUUGCAUAGUGCGGUAGCGUCAGCACGAUUAGUAUCAAGUUUGUGCAUUGAAUCUCUGGGUUGGUGUUUAGUUCCUCAAGGUAUUUCCAUGCCUUUAUGACAUUACCUUUCAAUGGCUAGUUGGUGCUCAGUAGCAUUACUGUUGAUGACAUGCCAGGGUUCAUAUUGAUGUUUUCCUUUUCUUGCAAUUUUGAGGCCUCAUCUCUAAUAUCUUUGAGGAUAAUUCGUGCAAAAUGUUGAUUACUUCUUGGACUGGUUCAAUUUCUCUUCAUACAUUUCUAAAAGGAAUAUUUUGGGUUUUACAAGCUGUGGAUGAGUUUUCUUGUUAUUUAAUAGUGCAUUACAAAUUUACAAUUCCUUAUGCCUGAGGAUUUAA